AAAUACUGACCUCAUAUUUCCUCUCUGCCGUCUGUCCUCAGCGCUGCGACUGUGCCAUGCUCAAGCUGCAACAUUAGCACUCUUUACUUCCCCCCGUCUUCAUCACCCUGUGGGGAGAGACCCCUCAUUGCUUCCGCGAUCUCCGUCGCCUUUUUGUUUUCAACGCGUCUGCAGCGGAAUCCCUCAGUUUUGAGGACAUGCCUAACAUCGUGCUUUUCAGCGGGAGCUCCCAUCAUGACCUGUCCCAGAAAGUGGCUGAUCGGCUCGGACUGGAGCUCGGGAAGGUGAUCACCAAGAAGUUUAGUAACCAGGAGACGUGCGUGGAAAUCGGGGAAAGCGUGCGCGGCGAGGACGUGUACAUCAUCCAAAGCGGCUGCGGCGAAAUCAACGACAACCUGAUGGAGCUUCUCAUCAUGAUCAACGCCUGCAAGAUCGCCUCGUCGUCCCGCGUCACCGCCGUCAUCCCCUGCUUCCCGUACGCCCGGCAGGACAAGAAGGACAAGAGUCGAGCGCCCAUAUCGGCCAAGCUGGUCGCCAACAUGCUGUCGGUGGCCGGCGCUGACCACAUCAUCACCAUGGACCUCCACGCCUCACAGAUCCAGGGAUUCUUUGACAUCGCCGUGGACAACCUGUAUGCAGAGCCCGCCGUCCUGCAGUGGAUCAAAGAAAACAUUCCUGAGUGGAAGAAUUGCAUCAUCGUGUCUCCAGAUGCCGGCGGAGCAAAGCGCGUGACGUCCAUCGCCGACCGCCUCAACGUGGACUUCGCCCUCAUCCACAAAGAGAGGAAGAAGGCCAACGAAGUGGACCGCAUGGUUCUGGUUGGGGACGUCAAGGACCGCGUGGCCAUCCUGGUGGACGACAUGGCCGACACGUGUGGCACCAUUUGCCACGCCGCCGACAAGUUGAUCGACGCCGGCGCCACCAAGGUCUACGCCAUCCUCACGCACGGCAUCUUCUCUGGCCCGGCCAUCUCCCGCAUCAACAGCGCGCCGUUCGAGGCCGUGGUGGUGACCAACACCAUCCCACAGGAGGAGAAGAUGAAGGCGUGCCCAAAGAUACAGGUCAUCGACAUCUCCAUGAUCCUGGCCGAGGCGAUCAGGAGGACCCACAACGGCGAAUCGGUUUCGUAUCUCUUCAGCCACGUGCCUCUGUGAGGAAGAACCACCCCGCCCUCCUCCUCAUCCUCCUCAUCCUCCUGCGUUUCUCCUCCCACGAGGCCUCUCUGGCCGGCACUUUCUGGCCGAACGGCCUCGCUCGUGUGACUCCCAAAACGGUCACACACACGCCCACACACACACACAUCGUCAGUGACAUUUCCACCCAGCAGACAAGACCAAGUUUGUAUUUAUGAUUUCCCUGUUAGUUCUAAGUUUCACUUCAACCAAGUGGUCCAUCUUAUUUCUUUUUUUUUCUUUCUUUUUUUAAAUUUCUUGUUGAAUCCAGUUUCAGUCGUGCAUUCCUCACUGGCAUGCGACGCAAACAUUUAAAAGCGUCUCCUUCUAACCUUUUUAACUCGCUAACAGUCUGACUUGAUUAGGGAUUCAUAUUCUGCCAUCAGUUUUUUUUUUUAAUCCUUUUUUACGAGCCACAACAAAUGCAAGCUGCUGUCAUGACGUUAGCAUGACGUCUCUGAUCUAAUCCUUCUGAUUGUAUUAAAAUGCUCUCCUAACUAACGCGAGGUGCGGCAGGCGCUUCGCCUGCUCUCUCAAAUAAAGGUCAUGAGAAGCGAUGAAGCCCAAAGCUUUGUUUUUUUUGUUUUGUUUUGUUUUGUUGUUUGUUUUUUCUUUUAAAUAGUGUUUAAGAAUCCGGGACUUAUUUGCUGUAAAUCGCCGUCGCUGCCACAGUAACGGGUCACUUCUGGUGAGUAAAGGCAGGUUUCACAGUGUGCCUGAAAGCGGCUUGAAAGGUGAUUUUUAAAAGAAAGAAAUGUGCUGAUUUUUUUUAUUUUAUUUUAUUUUUUAUGUACCACAGGAAAAGCUGUUUCUUUUAAUAAUAAAGUUCUGAAAAUUGCAAACUGA